CACAGUGUGGAUAGAGCAUGGGAUCCCUCUGACUCUGAGCAACCUCGUCCUGUGGGGGAUGGUGCCGGAAUUCAGGGGAAGAAGACAUUUUCCUGUUCUGAGUGUGGGGAAAGUUUUACCUCUGAAUCAGAUCUUUGUGUUCAUCUGAGUUCUCACAUGGGUGACAAGUCUUUUUACUGUUAUGAGUGUGGGGAAGGUUUUCUUCGUAAAUCAGACCUUGUCACACAUUACAGAUCUCACACGGGGGAAAAGCCAUAUUCCUGCCCUGAGUGCGGGAGAGGCUUUGCUCAAAAAUGUUAUCUUAUCCAUCAUCAGAGAAUACACACGGGGGAGAAGCCGUUUUCCUGCACCGAGUGCCAGAGAAGUUUUUCAAAAAAGUGCCAUCUUAUCAAACAUCAGAGAUCACACACAGGGGAGAAGCCAUAUUCCUGCUCCGAGUGCGGGAAAGCGUUUUCAGAUAAGUCCAAUUUUACUACACAUCAAAGAUCACACACAGGCGAGAAACCAUAUUCCUGCCCUGAGUGCGGUAAAUGUUUUACAGCAAGGGCCUAUCUUAAAACACAUAUGAGAUUACACACAGGCGAGAAGCCAUAUUACUGCCCUGAGUGUGGGAAAGGUUAUUCACGGAAAUCCUAUAUUUUCAGUCAUCAUUGUUUGCAGACGGAGGAGAAGCUGUAG